AUGGCCGCUGUAUCGGGGCUCGAGGAGAGAUGGUCCACCGAGCUCUGCGGAGGGCGUUUGUAUCACUUCUCCUGGCUGGGGGAUCGUCUGGUUCGGGUGUGGACACCCCCGGGCUGGAGUAAAGGGAAAGUGCCGAAAGCUUUGUGGCUCAACGACGGCCAAAACUUGUUCCGAGAUGAAGAGGCCUUUGGUGGUGCUUCCUGGGGUGCGGCUGGUACAGUUGCACACCUCAUUAGCUGUGGGGCCAUCCCCGAAAUUCUUGUUCUGGGCAUGGACCAUUCCGGCAGGAUGCGGACAUUCGACUAUCUGUCAGUGCCGCCGACUGGCUGGGAUGCGCCCUGGGGCAAGGGAAUGCGCGGUGACAUGUGGGACGCACCUGGCGGAGGAGUUGACGCCUACAUGGAGAUGCUCUUCAGUGAAGUAAUCCCAUGGGCCCAAAGCCAUUUUGGCUUGUCGGAGGCACCCGAAGAUCGAGUCUUCGGCGGGUCUUCCUUUGGAGGGAUCUGCGCACUCUACAUGGCGAGAAGUUACCCUCGUGCCUGGGCCGGCUUUCUGGUAGAAUCGCCUUCUUUCUGGGCGGGUAACGGCCGCUUUAUGGAAGACGUAAAGACAUGGCAAUCGAGCAAGAUGUACCCGGAUCGUAUGUAUUUGGCCAUGGGUGAGUUCGAGUACACGGGAUUUCGUGGAACGGACCGGCCAGGCAGCUUGGAAUGUGAUCGAGUCUUGCGAGAGGCCUGUGAGGAAUGUGCAGGACAUCUUCGCCCUCACAUUGGCUCAGGUCUGCUUUCUUUCCUGGAGCCCGGGGGUCGACAUAACGAGCGCGACUGGGGGCGGCGCUUUCCCUGUGCCUUGCGAUGGCUCUUUGGACUACCGAGCUCAUCUCCCCAGCAAAUCUGGACAAGGCCCUCCCCUCUGAGACCUGGGCCCUUUGAGCUCUUCGUGCGGAGAGGGGCCGUGAAGCUUCCGGAGGGCAAGCGUCUCCAGGUACAUCUUGGUUUCAAUGACUGGUCUUGUGGCGUGCAGACAUGCGACCUGCUCCCGUCUGGUCUCGCUCUUGCGGACGGAGACGAGCCAGUUCUGGCUGCUCUCGGAUCCGUGCCAGACGGUGCGUCGGGCAUGAAGCUUGUCUUUACGAACGGCGACGCCUGGGACAACAACUCUGGCAAGGACUACUGCUUGGACGAGUCUGGCAAGGCAGAGACAAUGGACGACAUUGAGAACAAGAGGAACGAAACCAUGGAGGAGAUCCGGCAGAAAGCCCGUGAGAUCGGCGACGAAGGGGCGGAUGCCAAGAUCGAGGAAGUGUGGAAGUCGCCCACGCUGCAGCAGUACAUGUCGAAAGGCUCCAAGAGCGGCAGCCUGAUCCAGGAGUAUGCGAAGCUCCACUUCGAGGUUGAGGAGUUUAAGAGCAAGAUCCAAGCGGCGCAGAGCGGAAGUGCGAAGAAUGAGCAGGUCGCUGCGGAGCACCGCAAGUUGCGCGAGGUGGCCAAGGAGCAAGCUUCUGCUCUAGAAGCAGCUUUACAAGCGUUGCAGCAAGACCAGGAGGCCAUGCGAAGAAGCUUGGACGAUGUCGCCAAGGACGAAGCACAAGUCAACUUGCAGAGGCAGAGCUUGGAAAGAACCGUGAACUGGGCAAAGA